UUGACGAUACUGCCUGGUACCAGUGUAGUGAAAGUACUUGCAGAAAUCGAACCAUUGGCUAAAGAACUUAAUUCAUACGCAUGCUCAUAUUAUAAAAAGGUCUUAGUAUAAAUAUAUUGAAAGCCGGUCACCACUUCUUAGCCAGUGCUCAAGGAGAUAGUAUGGCUAUUAAAAAAUUUUGGCUGUGUUGUUUUUUACUUCUUGGCAUAGCAUUUGCGCAAGAGGAUGAUGGCUCUGAGGAGCAAACCACGGAGGAAUUAUGUGCGAAUAGACCAGCAGAUGAAUACUUUAGAUUACAAAGAGGUGGCGAUUGCCGGGACGUAGUAAGGUGUGACAGAAAUGCAGACAACAAAGUCAAAUCCAGACUGGCAUCAAUUCGUUGCCCUGGGGGUCUUGCUUUUGAUGUUAUCCACCAAAUAUGUGAUUGGAAGACAAAUGUUAAAAAUUGUGACCAAUUAGAGAAACCUCGAAAGAUACGCCCUAUACUCAGAACAGACGAACCCAUCUGUCCUGAUGGACGGCUAUCGUGUGGGGACGGAGAGUGCAUCGACAAAGAACUGUUUUGCAACGGAAAACCUGAUUGUAAAGACGAAUCUGACGAGAACGCAUGCACUGUGGACGAAGACCCCAACCGUGCGCCCGACUGCGAUACAACACAGUGCGUUCUCCCCGACUGUUUCUGUUCAGCAGACGGAACACGCAUACCGGGAGGUCUGGAACCCACAAACGUACCUCAAAUGGUAACAAUUACAUUCAACGGUGCCGUAAACGUGGACAACAUCGACUUGUAUGAAACUAUCUUCAACGGACUACGGUUAAAUCCAAAUGGAUGCCAAAUUAGAGGAACGUUCUUUGUUUCUCACAAAUAUACCAACUACUCAGCCGUGCAGGAUCUACAUCGCAAAGGUCACGAAAUCGCCGUCUUCUCACUAACACACAAAGACGAUCCACAGUACUGGAGUCAAGGCACCUACGACGAUUGGCUGGCCGAAAUGGCUGGUGCUCGUUUGAUUAUUGAACGUUUCGCGAAUAUUUCGGACUCGUCAAUCACAGGAAUUCGAGCACCUUAUCUCCGGGUAGGUGGAAAUAAGCAGUUCGAGAUGAUGAGUGACCAAUUCUUCCUCUACGACGCAUCAAUUACGGCUUCAUUAGGACGCGUACCAAUCUGGCCGUACACCCUCUACUUCAGAAUGCCGCAUAAAUGUAACGGAAACGCGCACAACUGUCCAAGUCGAAGUCACCCUGUCUGGGAGAUGGUCAUGAAUGAACUCGACAGACGUGAUGAUCCCACCUUCGACGAAUCGCUACCAGGUUGUCACAUGGUAGAUUCCUGCUCGAACAUCCAAACGGGAGAUCAAUUCGCGCGACUUUUAAGACACAAUUUCUUCCGCCACUUCAACAGCAACCGUGCGCCCUUGGGUCUUCAUUUCCACGCUUCGUGGUUGAAGAGUAAAAAAGAAUUCAGAGAUGAAUUAAUUAAGUUCAUUGAAGAAAUGUCGGCGCGUCCUGAGGUUUACUUCGUGAACAUGUUACAAGUCGUUCAAUGGAUGCAGUCACCAACAGAAGUGAACGGACUGCGAGAUUUCCAAGACUGGAAAGAGAAGUGUGAUAUCAAAGGACAGCCGUAUUGUUCCUUACCAAACUCCUGCCCACUAACCACCAGGGAACUCCCAGGUGAAACUCUGCGUCUCUUUACGUGUAUGGAAUGUCCCAACAACUACCCGUGGAUCUUAGAUCCAACUGGGGACGGAUUUUCGGUCAGAAAGUAAAUUACUUCUUAGGUCUUAAAACAUCGCUAGGACAUUUAAUUUGUUGUACAUAGCUAUUUUUAUGUGUUAAAUGACUUGACGUGUUACUAUUUUUGUAUUUAUGAAGUUGUUUAAGUACCCAUCCUAUAGCUCUUAAUGUAACGAAAAUGAUCUACCUACACGAAGUAAAGAUAUUGCUCAGUAUAUACGAAGAAGAAACGAAUAAAGCUGUUUGUUAAUAA